UGUUUUUUCAUAUUUUAAUUCCUUAAUCGGCAAGGGAUAUUAUUAGAUUUCAAAGAUUUCCAUCCCCUUAUCUCAAGAAUAUCUUCAACCUUUUUUUAAAUAGUGAUAGCCAAUGGAUAUUUGGAAUUCUCUCUCAAAUCCAAACCGCAGAAAUCAACGACCUAACUACCUUUCAUGUUCAUCGCAUUUCAAUGGACACGACAGUAUGACUCCCUUGCAGUUGCAGGUACUUCUCUUCCCACCUCUCUUUAGGUUUCCAUUUCUUCCAAAUCGAUAGUUUAUAAGCAUCUUCAUCACACACAGAACACACAAUCAAUGGCGGUUUUCUCUAACAAAAUCUUCACUCAACUCGUUUCUAUUGGUACCCACAUGAAACCCACUUCCUAUACUCAUCAAAGUUGCUUGAUUAGUUGCAGAAACCAUAUCCCUCACCACCCCAGAACCAGAAAACUAUUGAGGAUUAGGGUUUCUACCGAAACUAGGGCUACCCAUUCCCAGUCUCCUGAUUUUGAAGAGAGCCGUCUCGUGAAACUCUUGAACAGAUCCUGCAAAGCAGGAAAAUACAGUGAAUCGCUUUAUUUUCUUGAGUGUAUGGUAAGUAAGGGUUACAAACCAUAUGUAAUUCUCUGCACAAAGCUUAUACAAGGUUUUUUCAAUUCGAGAAAUGUUAAAAAAGCAUUGAGGGUUAUGGAGAUCUUGGAAUCUCAUGGAGAGCCUGAUGUGUUUGCUUAUAAUGCGGUGAUCAGUGGGUUUUGUAAGCUGAACCGCAUCGAUUCUGCUACUAAAGUCUUGGACCAUAUGAGAACCCGAGGUUGUUCCCCUGAUGUAGUCACAUAUAAUAUAUUGAUAGGGAGUUUCUGUAGCAGAGGGAAGCUUGGAUUAGCUCUCAGAGUCUUGGAUCAGUUAUUGAAGGAUAACUGUUGCCCAAAUGUGAUUACUUAUACUAUCCUGAUUGACGCAACCAUCGCUGAAGGUGGUGUAAAUGAUGCAAUGAAGCUUCUCAAUGAGAUUAUGUCCAAAGGGCUUCAACCUGAUAUGUAUACUUAUAAUGCCAUCAUUAGGGGAAUGUGCAAGGAAGGGAUGGUGGAUCGAGCUUUUGAGUUUGUUAAGAAUUUGCCCUCUCAGGGUUGUGAACCAGAUGUGAUCUCUUACAAUAUCUUGUUAAGGGCAUUCUUAAACCAGGGGAGAUGGGAUGAUGCAGAGAGACUAAUGGCUGAGAUGCUUUCAAGGGGUUGUGAUCCGAAUGUUGUAACCUAUAGUAUCUUGAUCAGCUCAUUCUGUCACGAGGGGAAGGUUGAGCAGGCAAUUGACAUGUUGAAAGUUAUGAUAGCAAGGGGAUUCAUUCCUGAUACUUACAGUUAUGAUCCAUUGAUUUCCACCUUCUGCAAAGACGGGAGGUUGGAUUUGGCACUUGGGGUCUUGGAGUACAUGAUCUCCAAUGGCUGUUCCCCUGAUGUUGUGAACUAUAACACAAUAUUGGCUGCUCUCUGUAAAAGUGGAAGUGCUGAUCAGGCUUUGGAAAUAUUCGAGAAGCUCAUUAAAACAGGAUGCCCCUCAAACGUUAGUACAUACAACACAAUGAUCAGUGGGCUAUGGAGUAGAGGGGACAGGUUGAAAGCUUUGGGAUUGGUCUCACAAAUGGUCAGUGAAGGAAUUGACCCUGAUGGAAUCACUUACAACACAUUAAUAUCGUAUCUUUGUAGGGAUGGAAUGGUGAAUGAAGCUAUAGGGCUGUUACGAGACAUGGAGGAUGCAGGGUUCUUGCCCACAGUUAUAAGUUAUAAUACAGUGCUUCUUGGGUUGUGUAAAGUACAUAAGAUUCACAAGGCCAUUGAUAUACUAGCAGAAAUGGUGGAGAAGGGGUGUAAGCCAAAUGAAAAUAGUUACAUUUUACUGAUUGAAGGUAUGGGCUAUGCUGGAUGGAGAACUGAGGCUUUGGAGUUAGCAAAUGUACUUCUUGAUAGGGAAUUUAUUUCGAAAUAUGCCUUCAGACGCUUGAACAGAAUUUUUCCCAUGCUUUAUGUAUACAAAGAACUCACAAAUUUUUAAGGCAAGACAUAGCUCUGCUUCUGUUCCUUGAUUUGGGUCUCUAAUAUAUGUUUAUGUGAGUGACAAAUUGGGAUCAGUUCUUGUUAUAUCUCAGUAGAGGUAGUUUGCCUCCUUAGCAACUCCUGUUGGUACAUUUAUUUCAUCCAUGAGAGGACCAGAUUGAUCUUAUACUUGAGGGUGGAUUAGUGGGAUGAUUAUUGAGGAUUCAAGGGAUGCAUCUAUAGUUUCACAUCUCCAUCUAUAGCUCGGAUAUUGAAAGCAAAUUAAUGACAUGUGAACCAGAAAUGGAGUUCCAGAAGAAUUGAUUGAAGAGUCCUGUUACUCUCACAUUCUUCAACAGUUGGAAUUUAACAAGUUUUGAGCAUGCAAGGAAGCCCUUUGUGUUUGGUCUCUCAGUGCCCGAUUCUUGGUUUCCAAAGGCAAUGGUGAAAAAGAAGAUAUAAAAUGUACAGAGUUUGUGGUUGAUUUAAUAUGCCUGUAAGAGUUAAGGUGGAAUUCGACCCAUCAGAAUGAAUAAUGUAUGAAGCAAUGCUGAAUGCAGUCAACUCAAAUGAGUAGUUGAUUGGGAGCCUUGUUUCCUGCUUUAAAUCUUCAAGGAGUAGUCUGUUUUUUUAUGGAUA